AAAAUCUAGCGCGUGGAUUUUGGAACUCCCAUGCAUUUAACUCCUCAGAAUAAAUAAUUUGAAAAUACAUUAAAGAAACAGUCCAAUGAGAAAAAGAAAAAAAAAAUAAAAAACACACUGAGACAGUACUUUGUGAUGUAAGCAACCACAUACACCACUCCCUUCUUCUCUUCUCUUAUAUUAUUGGCUAUUUUGUUCCCCCUAAUUUUAUUUAUUUAUUUAUUAUUUUCACUAAUGAUUCAUUUUUGUUGGUUGAACCUCUUUGAUUCUUUCUAUAUUUUUUGGAAUACUUUUUUUUCGGAACACCUUUUGAUUCUUUCUAUAUAUACAAAUACAACCCACUUCUUCCUCGUAGAUUAAUGCUCUCUACGUCUUUUCUCUCUCUAGUUGCCUAUGAUGCAAGAAUUAAGCUUAGAAUGUUUCUCCAACGACGUCGUUCGCUUAGACCUAACUCCUCCUUCCCAAGCCUCACCUAUUUCUCUCUCCAUAGACGAAGAAGAAUCAUCGGAGUCUAAGAUCCGACGGCUGAUAUCGGAGCAUCCAGUGAUCAUCUUCAGCAGAUCUUCUUGUUGCAUGUCCCACGUCAUGAAAAGACUCCUCACUACUAUCGGAGUCGUCCCCACCGUCAUCGAGCUCGAUGAUCACGAGGUUUCCUCUCUCCCCUUGGCUCUUGAAGAAGAAUUUCCCGGCGGCGUUCUUCCGUCUCCGGCGGUUUUCAUUGGCCGUGAGUGUGUCGGUGGGUUUGAGUCCCUCGUCGCGCUCCAUCUAAGUGGUCACCUUGUCCCGAAGCUUGUCGAAGUUGGAGCUCUUUGGGUAUGAUUGUAAUCUACUUCUUGUUUUUUUUGUGUGUCAACAUUUACUUCUUGCUUUUCAAUAGUAUUUUACAAUAUCAAAAGCAGAAUUUUUAGGGUUUCUUUUUUCUGAUUAUUCUCCGAUGAUCAAAGUUAUAUAUACCCAUGUAGAAAAUGAAUUAUGAAUAAUAAUUAAAGAUGUGUAAUUAUAGUUUUAUAUAAUUAGUAAAUUUGUUUCUUUGUUUUACA